AAAUCCUUCUUCUUCACACACACAACUCUAACCGUUUUUUUUCUCAAUCUCUCUCAAAUCUCAAAACUCUUCAACAAUGUCAUCGAAGAACGGAGUUGUUCGUAGCUGUUUAGGAUCAAUGGACGACAUCAAAAAAGUCUUCCAAAGAUUCGACAAAAACGGCGACGGAAAAAUCUCCGUCGACGAGCUAAAAGAAGUGAUUCGCGCUCUUUCACCAACAGCAUCACCAGAAGAAACAGUAACGAUGAUGAAACAAUUCGAUCUCGACGGUAAUGGAUUCAUAGAUCUGGACGAAUUCGUUGCACUUUUCCAAAUCGGAAUCGGUGGAGGAGGUAAUAAUCGAAGCGAUUUGAAAGAAGCGUUUGAGUUAUAUGAUUUGGAUGGUAAUGGAAGAAUCUCGGCGAAAGAGCUUCAUUCAGUGAUGAAGAAUUUGGGUGAGAAGUGUUCUGUGCAAGAUUGUAAGAAGAUGAUUAGUAAAGUUGAUAUUGAUGGUGAUGGUUGUGUUAAUUUUGAUGAGUUUAAGAAGAUGAUGAGUAAUGGUGGUGGUGCUUGAGAGAUUCCGGCGGCGGAGAUUAAUUUCUAGGUUUUGUAAUUAGGAAAAAAAAAGUUGGAUUUGAUCUUUAGUGACGGCGAUUAAAAACCCUAGAAAAUUAUAAGGCAAAAUCCUCUAGAUGAUUUCACAAGUUUCCUUUUUUUUUUUUUUUUUUUUUAAGUUUGUGGUGAUUGAUGAUUAUUGAUUUUAACUAUUUAAGGUUGUUUCUAUCUUUUGCUCUUUUUUAUAAUUGCUAUGCUUUUGGAGUA